UUGAGAUUGUGUCUACGUCACCGGAAAUACACAUCACUGCUUCCGGUCGCCGCGAGGAAGGCGGCGGGACGGCGCAUAGAGACUGAUUGAUUAAUCGAACGUAUCUCAGUUGAAUCUGUAGAGCCUCGCAGAACAAGAUGAUGGAGCCGCUCUCCGGGCGGAGCCAGUGAUGAAACCUGCUCCUUCAGAAGUGUGCACUGCAGUAAAAAGGAUACCAUUUGCGUCCAGAAUAUUUCUUUCUCCAGCACCAAUUUUCUGUCUCCUGUGACCAUGGCAAUAGCAUUGAGAAGAGCUGUGUGGUCCAGUACUAUGUGGAUGCAUGUAGCAACAUUCAGUAGGCAGGCCUCAGUACAGAAUGGAGCAGUGCAUUGUGCUCGCCAUAAAUCUACAUAUUCAGUCCUUCCAGAAGACUAUAACUGUAAAGUGGAACUUGCCUUGACAUCGGAUGGAAGGACAAUUGUCUGCUACCAUCCUUCAGUUGAAAUUCCAUAUGAGCACACACAGCCCAUACCUCGACCAGAUCCAGUGGAUAACAAAGAAGAAACACACGAUCAAGUGCUGAAAUCUAGAUUGGAAGCGAAGGAGCUAAAGAAUAGUAAAGGUCCUACAUUUGAGGAGCUCAGCAAAAUGUUUUAUACAACAAAACAUCGCUGGUACCCUGUGGGACAGGCCUGUGAUAGAGAAGCAUUGUCAGCUCUUAUAUUUGCAGUCUCUUAAAAGGUAUCACAGAAGACGCAAGAAACUCAAUACUCCUAAAGACAGAUGAUUACAAUAAUUUUUGUCUCUGCCCAGUGUCAUUAUCCAUACUGGAAAUAAACCACAAAAACUGGAGUUUUGGUGAUCAAUUCUGUAUUAGUGUUCUGUCAUUAGUCUUUUUUCCAUAAAUAAAACUUGAUUCAGAAAUUCUUGUAUGGGUAGGAACAGACAAUCAGGAUGGAAAGUCCCAGCAACAGAGUUUAAUGCCUCAGGCUUCCCAGAAGACUGAAAUUAAAUAAGUGAAACACAGAUGACCUUUAAGAUUGAGAUGAAAUAAUAUUAGGCUCCUGCAGCUGUUGAUGGUUGCAAGUAAUGUAAUUGCCUCCAGGUACCACCUUACAAGUGUCUAAAAUUAUCAUCUCUUACAGAAACUGGCUAGCUCUAGUUGCAGCUUAGUUUCAAGGUAUAAUUACUCAAUUUUUACAGACUGCCUGGAGCUCCCAAAUGUAGCUAUUAAUAAAGCUAACAUUCAAUAAGGUUAUGUCAGAUGCACAUGACUAUAUGGUUGUAGCUGUGUGGAGGAAGGGAUGUCUGCCGUGGCAGGGUAGUCACUGAAGAUACCAGGGCCUUUCCAACCUGUCAUGGGAAGGCUUGGCCCUUAAGAAAUACUUUUUUCUAGAGUUUCUCUAAAGUUCAGAAGAUUGAUGUUUAUAUCCUCCAUGUUCUAGUUGAAGUUUGCCUCGUGGGUGAAAUUUGUGGGGAGUCAGGACAGUGGAAGAUAGGGUUUGACUGCAGGUAAUUUGAGCUAAUUGGUAACAUUAAUCUAUGACAAGCUCAGCUGCCUUUUGGACCCUGAAAGGCUGAAAGCUUGGCAAAUACUCCAUUUUAUGGGAAGGGGCAGAGGACUGAAACCAGCCCCACUGAAUCUGUUUAAUGAAAGAAGUGACUCCUGCUGUAUGGCACUAAGUAUAAAUACAUAUAAAUAUUUGUCAGCUGUAUUUGUCAUUACUUCUGAACACUUCAGAAUAACUGAAGCUCAGUUCCAGGCCAGCAUCUAAAAUGUUAGUAUAGUGCCUAGCAAAAUGGGGCUGGGGUAUUUGGGGUAGCUUGCCUUUUUUGUUUUUCCAUGGCAGCCUCCAGCAACCAUUACAUAGAUUCAAUUCCUGCAUCUCUUUGCCCUCUGGGCUUUUAAUGCCUGACCUACCUAGGGGGAAAAAAAGGCAUGGUUGCUGGAUGUUAGAUGGGGAUUAAGUGCAAUUCUGAGAGGAAAUAACUCCUCUGAAAUAGCAGAGCAUACCACCAUCUGCUCAAGUAUUUUUAUAUUAAAAUGCCCUGUAAAAGCAGUGACCUCUCAAUAAUAAGGAGAUUCUUUGGAUCUCUUUAUGCCUACUACUGUUUUAGGCUCCAGUCCUUUAUUAGGCAGUGCUAGCAUGGAUCCUUGUGUGUCUGGAGAGAUCCAAAUGACUUUGGUGGAGUCAUGUUUGUGCAGGAUCAGGUCGUCAUUUUUUCUAGAAUGGAACCUAGGUGCCCCAAGCUAGAUCAUAGCCAGGUUGUGUCAGGUGCUGUAUAGUCAGUCACAGCAUUGAAGAGCUAACAACCAAAAUAGAAAGAGGGUUGGAACAAAAGCAGGCACAAAAUGACCAAGGUCACACAACAGGUUAAUGGUAGCCAGGAACAGAACUGUGGUCUAUUGAGUCUGUCCAUUGUCCUACCCACACAAUUGCAUUGCCUCUGUUAUACCACCAAAUCAGAUUGCAAGGCCAAAAGCAAUCAUGAUCUAGUUUCACCUCUAGUGUGUUACCUGUUAAUUUUCGUAGACAGCUGAGUACCAAUUCAUUUUGAUCACUGUUUUUGCAAACAAGUCUUUUUUUUUUUUUUUUGGUAAUAAUUACAAAGCAUUUAUUUCCAUGGGGGAGGGGAAAAAUUGGUCAGUCUGCUGUAAGGUUAACAUCCUCUAAGGAGCUAUGUACACUAAAGAGGUUGCUGUAAAUAGUAAUUAAUGGAACAAUGAAGGUAUUAUUACCAAAAGAAAUAGAGCACAACUGAUGUGUGAAGUUGAAAGUUCUGGUACAUGAAAAUUGGUAGCAAAUAACUCUAUUAUUUAAGCACAUGACAGUGAGUGGUGACUUUUGUGCAAGAAAUUAUAUACUCCUGGAAAAACUAUACAUAAGGUAAUUCAAUGUAUUUAGAAGAUAAACAGUUUAAUCCGUAAAAUUCAAAUUUUUAAAAAAGCAUUAGCCAAAUCUAAAUGCAAGUUGGUUUGUUGACCAGCCCCCCACCCCAAAACAAACAUUCCUGCUAGCAGAGUAUGAAGUGGCCGCAUCCAUCCUGCUGCUGUGCAGUCAAGAUAGCUGGUUUUAAAUUAAUUCUGAAAUUGGCUGGUGACUUUUGGCAGCAUAUUAUACAAUGUCUUUGACAUGCUGAACAAUAAUAAUAAUAAAAAAAAAGUCUACCAUGAAAGAGGAUUUGGCCUGUGUAAAGGCGUAUGUUUUAUGUUGUCUGUUCCAGACGUUAAAUUAAAUAACAAUCAGAAAUUGAAUGAGAAAGGAAGAUUUUUCCCCUCGCCUGCAAAAUGUUAUUUCCUAUGAAAUACCAGUUAGAAACGCAUAAUAUGUCUAAACACAUAAUGUCUCAGUGUUCAAAGCAGUUUACAUUGUAUAGGAAUAUUGGUAGUGUGUUUGGAGCUGCAACUUUUGAUCUUAUGUCUAAACUAUUGAGUGUAUUGUCUUGCACAUGGAUUAUGCCCCCAGAUAAAGAGUGUAAAGGAGGCAUUGUUAAAGUAGGCCUGAGAUAGUAGUGGAGAUUAGAUGCCAUUAACAUGGUAAUACUCUGCACCUAACUUUCCUUCUGAAUAUAUUGCCCCUACCUUUUCAUGCUGUCUCUUACAAAGAAAUUAAUGCCUUGUCAAGUUUUCCCAAGAGGAGUAAAUAAAUAAGACUUGAUCUUAA